GAAUCAAAGCCCAUGGAGUUGCACGGGGGAGAGAGAGAGGGAGAGGGAGAGCAGCGUCCGCCCGCUCCCUUAUUAGCAGAGAGCUACGCUGCGGAGGCCAUGGCGGCUGACAUGGACCCCUGGGUGGUCUUUGACGCCAGAAAGACCCCCAGGGCCGAGUUCGAGAACUGGCUGGAGACGAACUUGCCGUCCCAGGUGCGCCGGUUCGGGGAUCCGGAGAGGAACGUGGGCCCUGUUGGGUGGAUCGCGGUGUAUGGGCCACAUUACAUCCACAGCGAGGGCGACCUGGCAGCCCUGCAGCAGGACUGGGAGAGGCUGCAGGCCAGCGGGAGACCGGUGACCUUCGACACGGUCAAGGAGCUGGCCCUGAACAACGGCGUGCUGAGCGGGAAGUGGCUGAUGUACCUGGACUCCGGGUUCAAGGUGGACCACGCCUGGGAGGGCAUCGCCCGCGCCAUCCUCGACGGCCACAUCGCCGUGGCCAAGGUGAGCCCCCGCGGGCCCGACUCCUCGGACAGCAGGCACGUCAUCUGCGUCUACAACCAGACCUUCACCGACCAGGAGGAGGUGGUGAGGCUGGAUGCUGCCAUCCGGGCUACGGGCAUCAAGUGCCAGCUGUCCUACAAGCCUGACGUCUACACCUACCUGGGCAUCUACCGCAAGAACCGCUGGAAGCUGUGCCCCACCAUUUACGAGAGCCGGUUCGACCUGGAGCGCGUGCCCAGACGUUCUCUAAUCACCAAUAAAGUGACCAGCACUGAGGUCACUUAGCCCACAUACUGUUAGGUACUGGGAGGAGUAAGGGUCACUUUCUGUCGAUCUUGGUGCCAGCUCUUGUAUUGCAUUGCCGACAGGAGUGUGCUGAUGCUGCCUUUAAAAAAAAUAUUCAAUAAAUCCAGUCAUUAAACGCGUUGAUUUGAAAAUCAAGAAAAGGCAUCAGUGAAAUUGAAACCCUGCUGUUUUGUGAUCCUCGUUGCAAAAAUAAAGUUUGCAUCAUUUUUGAUUUGUGGGACACACCUGUCCCUUAAAGGGUUAAUCACGUUGAUUGAAGCUAAACUGUUAAAACUAUAAAUGCUGGCUCAAGCCAGCUGUGGGACAGUGUUCAGAACAGUUCACAAAGCAAUAACAUGAGAAAACUGGAGGAAAUGAUGCGUGUGAUCUUGUUCCUCUGAUUCUGUGCCAGUACACAUUGAUUGAUUUUAGGAUGUUAUCCGAUAACACUUCAGCUUUCUAUUCAGUGCCAGUACUGAAAUGUAUCCCUCUACAUGUUAUCAAAUAAAUCAAGUCAUGUAUCAAAUAAAUCAACCAAUCACCGCUAACCCUGCAAUGCCCAUUUCUGUAUCACACCUGACACAAGGCUUAGCCACCCCUCUCUAUUAAAAUAAAUAUAUAUAUAUAUUUUUAAAAUCAGCCUCACAAGCCAGAAUUUUUCAUAUGCAGUACAUUAUGUGUUGACGGACAGGAGAAAAAAAAUAUAUAAAAAGUGUUUUGUACAAGAAAAGUAAUGUAGUUCUAUAAAUAAGCUUUUAAAUAAUAGCUUUUGAUGUUUCGAUAAUGCUCGGGCACGACAGGGUGAAGGAAAUCUGAUCUGAUCCAGAUGUGUACAGAUGUCAGAGUAGCGGUUAGGGCUCUGGACUCUUGACCGGAGGGUCGUGGGUUCAAUCCAGGUGGGGGACACUGUUGCUGUAUUAUUAUUUAUUUCUUAGCAGACGCCCUUAUCCAGGGCGACUUACAAUUGUUACAAGAUAUCACAUUAUUUUUACAUACAAUUACCAAUUUAUACAGUUGGGUUUUUACUGAAGCAAUCUAGGUAAAGUACCUUGUUCAAGGGUACAGCAGCAGUGUCCCCCCCACCUGGGAUUGAACCCACGACCCUCCGAUCAAGAGUCCAGAGCCCUAACCACUACUCCACACUGCUGCCCUUGAGCAAGGUACUUUACCUAGAUUGCUCCAGUAAAAACCCAACUGUAUAAAUGGGUAAUUGUAUGUUAAAAAUAAUGUGAUAUCUUGUAACAAUUGUAAGUCGCCCUGGAUAAGGGCAUCUGCUAAGAAAGAAAUAAUAAUAAUAUAUAUUCCUUAUUUUUUGUGAUUCACAAUCAGUUCAUUUGAUGAAUACAGGGUCUCUAACUACAAGAGACAUCCUUAUCUGUAUUUGGUCUUGAGCUGCCAGAACUACAUGCAAUCUCAUAAUCCUAAGAGACAUCCUACACCCAACAAAAUGACUUCUAUACAAGCCACUGCAUGUGGGGAGACACAGGGGGGUCCUAUAUGAAGGCACAACUGUUAACAUUGGCUGUGUCUCUGUGAUUGUGUGAAAUGUCUUUAAGCGAACAGAAGGAACGCAUUCAGAUUGCUGUGUGGUGCAGCGAGUCACAGGAUGUGGCAAUGCGAUUUAACACAGAACAUCCUAAUCGGUGUAAUGUAUCACAACGUCACAUUGAAGAGAGAGGAAAAAAAAAAAAAGACACAGAUCAUUUGUUAAUAUAAUAUUAAUACUUAUAAUGUAUACAAAACAAAGAUACACAUAAAUGCAUACAUGUCAUAUCCAAAACCACAGCCCACUGUUACACUCUUUUUACAAACUCUAAUAUUACAUAAUUUUAUCAUUACUUCAUUCAUUAGAGAGACUGCCUGGCAGGUGCUACUGUACAUUGAUGGGUUGCUACAGGGAUGGAAGCAAGUCUCCCAUUGCAUAGCAGCUGGAUCCAUUCCUGGUUUUACUGGGAGCUUAACAAUAGUAAGACACACCUGAGCUUGUUACCUACACACACACUGCGGCAAAUCAAGCUGUUAAAACCUGGAAUGGGUGAAACUGCUGUGCAACAGGAGUUAUUGCAAAAACGAGUGGCUGGAGCCGUAAAUUGAAUAAGUGAUUAAAUGAUUAAAAUUAGGCUCCAGCCUGUAUAAAAAGGGCGAUCACAGGUGUUAGUUUAGAUUUAGUGGUGAGAAUUAAUGCUGGUGUUAGUGCGUGCAGGUAUGUGUGCUGUUUAAAUGUAUAUAGAUCAUUAUUGUUGGUGUGUAAGGGAGUUUUCUAAAACCGUGUUUAUUAUGUGAAAGCAGCAGCUCAGUCUACAAC